AGAGCCAUGGCUUCAACUUCAAUAUCAGUUAACCCCCGACGCUCCUACAACCAUUUUACCAAAGAUGGCGGCGCUUCAUUCAAUGAAAAUCGAUUAUGUUCCUUCACGUUUCAAUCAGGCUUGUUGGGCUCCAAAAUCCCAAUGGAAAAGCUUUCACUCUCAGUCAACGGAACCAGACCAACCCGACCAGAACCCAUCCGUUUUUCGGGUUCGGAAUCGAUGAAGGCUUCUUCCCGUUCUUUCGACGUCGUGAUUGUUGGUGCUGGAAUCAUCGGGUUGACAAUCGCCCGGCAGUUUUUAACCAAAUCGGAUCUAUCCGUUGCGGUCGUUGAUAAGGCCGUACCUUGCUCUGGAGCCACUGGUGCAGGACAGGGCUACAUAUGGAUGGUACAUAAAAAUCCUGCAAGUGAUACAUGGGAACUUACUAAAAGAAGUCACCAACUAUGGAAGAAGUUGGCUGAGACGAUUCGCGACCAAGGCAUGGACUCGCUUCAAGUAUUGGGUUGGAAGAAGACAGGAAGCUUGCUUGUUGGUAGAACUCCUGAGGAUUCAGUUAUGUUGAGAAAGAAAGUGAGUCAGCUGUCUGAAGCUGGGUUGAGAGCAGAGUAUUUGUCCAGUGAUGAACUGCAUUCCAAGGAACCUUCCAUUUAUGUUGGUACGGAUGGUGGGGCUGCUUUUGCACCUGAAGAUUGCCAGUUGGAUGCUCAUCUCGCAGUUUCAUAUAUUGAAAAGGUUAACAGAUCCUUUGCACCGAAAGGUAGAUAUGCAGAGUUCUAUCAUGAGCCGGUUACAGGUUUAGUGAGAUCUACUAGUAGUGGGGAGUACGAAGCUGUUCGGACUUCCAAUAACACCUUGUAUGGUAAGGCCAUUAUAGUUGCUGCUGGUUGUUGGAGUCGGUCUCUUAUGCAUGACCUGUUGAAAGACUCAAAUGUUAAAUUUGAUGCCCUUGUAAUGCCUCGUAAGGGUCAUCUUCUUGUGAUUGAGAAUUUUAAUCCCCUUCAACUGAAUCAUGGUUCGAUGGAGGUUGGUUACAUCGAUUAUCAAAAUGCAGCGUUUACUUCAGGGCAGAAUGAUCAGAGCCAAGCCUUGUCUGUUUCAAUGACAUCAACAAUUGACACAAUGGGUAAUCUUGUUCUAGGAAGCAGCCGUCAGUUUGCUGGGUUCAGCACCGAGGUAGAUGACUCUAUCGUUCUUCAUAUAUGGAAACGGGCUGGAGAGUUCUUUCCCAAACUAAAAGAACUGCCCCUUACAGAUUUCGUCAAUAACAGAAAAGUGAGAGUAGGACUACGCCCCUACAUGCCUGACGGAAAGCCGGUCAUAGGACCUGUUCCUGGUCUGUCAAACUUGUUCUUUGCAACUGGUCAUGAAGGAGGAGGGCUGUCUAUGGCUUUGGGAACUGCAGAAAUGGUUGUUGAUAUGGUAUUGGGCAAUCCCACAUAUAUUGAUAAUUCACCAUUUGCUGCAAAGGGUCGAUGUUGUUAGUUCAGUGUCCCUAUGGAACAGUAAGAAGGAAAAACAUCAAGGACGCCCGGUCUAAUUGGACCAAAUGUUAAGCUGCUGGUUGGACUUUGAACCCUUUUUUUUCGUUGCAAAUGUAAAAUGUAAACUACCAAAAUAAGCGAAACUUUUAACUUUAGAAAAUCAAGCUUGUGAACUCUAUGAUUUCCGGGGAAAUAAAG